AUGAUGCCCAAUUCGGACUGGCUCCUUGAUCUUCAAAACCGUUACAAUGCCAUCAGUCAGGAUUUCAAGACAGUUUUUUACUACGAGACCCUGGAAAUGCCGAUAUCCUUAUUAGGGUCUAUUCUAGUUGUGCCUAAGUUCUCAGCUGUUAUAUUCGGAGCAGUAAACACGGAAGCUAUCCCCCUGGUUGCAAAUCACGCGACAAUGGCAAAUUUCACGAGUUUAGACGAUGAAAACUUCUUGAAGGUUGCCCGGAUGAUAGACUUUUACUCCACGAAGGCCUCUAAAGCUAUUCAUGAAAACUGGGUGCUUUGGAGCAGGACAAGAGAGAUUGUUAUUCAAAAAGAGAUCGAUCUCAACACUGAACCGAUGCCCGAGGAUUUCAAACUAGGCAUUAGCUUUAAAAAGGUCUGGAAUCGUCAUUUUACCGGUAGAGACCAUAUAUUGCAGCUCAUGGACAGCUACCUCAGUUUGGGGUCGCGGCAACAGGAACUCAAGGUAUUUGUGAUCUACGGUCCGGGUGGCGUAGGUAAAACACAACUUGCAUUAGAAUAUGCCCGCCGCCAAGGGCCUUUCUUUGGAUCAAUCUUUUGGAUCGAUGGGCGUCGUCCAGACACCGUCAUGGCAAGUAUCGGGGACUACGUCGACCGCAUUUUGGUACAUUACAGGAUCAAUGGGAUGACAGACAAUCCACGUUUCAAAUUCUCAAGUGAAGAGAAAAGGUUUGGACGGGUUGUCGAAGCCUUCUUCACGUGGCUAGCUUAUGACAGGAAUUGGUCUUGGCUUUUACUAGUUGACAAUCUUGAUGACCUAGAGAUUUUUAGCUUGAAGGAUAUCCUGCCUUCAAAAGCUUUGGGGUCUGUCCUCAUUACUACCCGGAGAUCUGACCUAGCAAUCUGUCACGAGAUAUGGAUGUGGUUAAUGCUGCCCACAUUGAGUGGGCCCGCUUUUUGUAACAGUUAUGAGCCCAGCUCCUAUCCGCUAUUACCACAAUGGUUAAGUGCCGCAUUAUCUACAGGUCGUAUACUUAAAAAGCAAGAGGCGACUAUUCGAGUCUCUGUAUAA